UUUUCAACUUGUCGUUUCUAAUUUUAUUCUAUUAAAUUCAAUUCGUUUCUUCUUUUUCUUUGUGCGCUUACCAAUAUGUCUCUGGUCACAAAACUGCGCGCCUCCAAAGGCCUGUGUCGCAUUGCCACCUUUGCCACCAACAACAUCACCAACAGCAUCAACACUAUCAACAGCACCAGGAUCCUCCUUUUCUCACAUCGCCACAGCAGCGCCUACUCUACAAACACUGAUCCAGUUGAGGUCCGCCGCACUCAAAUGCAGCAGCCGAAGCACCAAAUGCCAUCCACAUCCAAAGACUCCAAUUCUCGCCUCUCGGUUGCCUCAGACAUCAGCCCAACGCCCACAUGCAUCGUCCGGCUAUCCAACCUGCCGCCCGGCACCACCCCCGCCGAUAUCCACUGCACCAUUGCCACGCGCCUAUACUCUGCCAAAAUAAAAGCUAUUUACUUUGAGUAUGACUUUAAUUUGCGGCCACUGCGCUCCUGCCGCAUAACUUUUUUCAGCGAAUCGGACGCUGCAGAGUUUGUUCUUCGCGCUAACAAAAUGGUAUACUCCGCGCACACUAUCCGUGCUAGUUUUGUUAUUAGGAGGUAUGUGCCUAAUGCUACUAGGGAUAAGUACCUGGGUAGUGCACUGGGCAGACUUGUGCUUCUCUAUGGAUACCCGCCUCAUAUGCAUCAUCAUCAGAUUAGGGACUACUUUAGCGACUAUGAUCUGGUCGAGACAAAUAUUCCGGCUGUCCAGUCUGCGCCACAGAUUGGGCAAACUUUCUUGUCGCGCCGUGGCGCAUUUAUUCUGCAGUUUGCUACGCCCUCUGAGGCACGUCGUUUUAUCCGUGACGUUCACUUGACAGAGUACUCGCCACGCAGAGAAAAUACUGGCCCUGAGCAAACGCCAUCAAGCGCACAACAGCCAGCCGACGAGUCAUCCCACGGCAGUGUGACUAUUAAGGCCAUACUUUUCAACUAGAAUGUGAAUAACCAAA